UUGAGAUUGGGUAUCUAUCACUUGUUAUCUUCUUCUUCUUCUUUGUAUACUCUUCUCCUGUCCUAUGAAUAAGUUGAAAAUGGAAUUCAUUUUUGUGCUUUUCAUUUUCCUUCUCGCUUCCUCAUCUGUUAAUGGUGCUCCUUGUAACCGGCGUCUUUGUGUGCAUAAAAGCAAGGCUGCUUAUUUCCCUCUAUCUAAGCCUCUCAUUACCUCUGGAGCAUGUGGGUAUGGUUCUAUGGCAAAAGGUUUCAAUAAGGGAUACAUAGCAUCUGGAAUUUCUUCCCUGUUAGAAGAAAAGGGUGUUAACGUCUGCGGAUCCUGCAUACAUGUAACUUGCAAGAACGAGACACUGUGUAGAGGAAGAGGUACCAACGUGGUUCUAACUGACAGCAUCCAUCGCCAAACAAGACUUCGGAACGUAGGUACAGAUUUGAUUCUCAGCGACAGAGCUUUUAUUUCAAUGGCUGCUAAAGGUAAAGCCAGAGAACUCUUAGCACUCAGAUCUUAUGUCGAGGUGGAAUACGAGAGGAUACCUUGUGAAUACAAGAACCAGAAUGUGUCAAUAAGAGUAGAUGAAAGCAACAAUAAACGAGAUCGUUUCGUGCUUACAUUGCUCUACCAAGGUGGUCAAACAGGAAUCUUUUCAAUCUCGGUAAUGUACGCAGACACCAAUUCUAGUAGUGUGGAGCUAGGCAUGACCCAUAAAUAUGGUGCAGUAUGGGAAAUAAGAAGAAUUCUUGAAGGAAUCAGAAGAGUUCCUACCGGAGGUCGUCUAAGUUUUAAGCUUCUUGUAUAUAAAGGGCAUGAUUUACACGCAUAUCAGUCUUCCUCCAGACAUGUGCCUGCUAAUUGGAAAAUUGGAGAAAUUUAUGAUUUGGGUUUUCAGUUGAACGGCAUUAUAGAUGUGCGAAGUGGUUGUAAUUGUACCGGUUGAGAGCCACCGUAAAUCGUCUGUAUUCAUGUAUCAAAAUUUCUUCAUUUUUCUUUGGUCCAAUAUUUAAUUGAAUUUGUCCAGCUUCCAGUCUAGUACCCUGAAUUGAAUUGCCGUUGUUGACCAUUAAAAUAAAAAUUUACCCAAA